AUGAGAGGUUAUAUGAGAAAUGGAUACAGAUCUCAUAGCAGAUACGCAACUGCUUCUGAUGGAAGUAGUAAAAGACAAGGGUCAUAUAAUAGGAAAAAUUAUUAUUCAAAGAAACCCCAAAAUAAGGAUAAAGGAGUAACAUUUUGCCCACAUUAUACCAUAAAGGGAUCAUGCCGUUAUAUAAAUGAUUGCAAAAAUUUACACAAUUUAAAACUAGUAGACACAUUUAGUUUGCAAAGAUCAUAUAUCGAUUGUGCUAUAAUAGUACAUGGCCCAAAUAACGAAAUAUAUUUAUUUGCAUCUGUAUCACCAUAUACAAUAAAUGUAUGGAUGUUUGUACCUGGAGAAGAUUCAAAAGAAAUUGAUAUAAAACAUUUAAAAAAAAUAGAAUUUCAAUUAACAGAAGAAGAAGAAUAUUAUGGUGAAAAUAAAUUAAAACAUAAUAAAAAAUCAAAUAAAAAAAAAAGAGUUUUAUCAUUAUUAUAUGCAGAAGAAUGUAUAUUUGCAGGGUUAGAUAAUGGAAUAAUAAAAAUUAUGCAUCUACCAUCUUCUGAUUGUUCAACUCUUUAUGCACAUACAGAUGCAAUACAUAGUAUUGUAUGUAUUGAUGGUAUAAUAAUAUCAUCAUCUAUAAAUGGUGAAGUAAAAUUUUGGAAAUAUGAUGAAACACAUUUAAGUUUUGUAACAAUAAAAAAAAUAGAAACUAAAACUAAAAUAAAUAAAAUGAUUGAAAUAGUAUCAAAUAAAUGUAUAAAUAAUAUAAAUAAUAAAUCAAAUGAUAUAAAUUCUGAAGAAUCAAAAUAUAAUAGAACCUUAUGGGUAUGUGGAGAUAGUAUAACAAUAAUUAAUUUAUUAAAUUUAGAAAUUGUAAAUAAUUUUAAAUGUAAAUAUGGAAAUGUUGUUUCAGUUAUUCAAUAUGAAGCUAAUGUAAUUACAGCAAUGAGUGAAGGAAAAAUAUUAGCUUAUGGAUUAUCAGGACAAGAAUAUUUUGAGAUGAAUACUUUGCCUAUAUAUUGUAUGGCAGGCUUAACUGAUAAUAAAAAUAUUCCUAUAUUAAUAUAUGGUUCUAAUAAAUCAUUAUAUACUUUUUCUUUGCCUGAAUUUAAUUCAUAUGGAUAUAUAAAGGACCGAGAGUAUAUGUCACUAAAGUUUAAUAUCAAUGACCCUAAUUUCAUUUUAACAUUAUCAGGCCCAUAUUUCAUUGUCGUGUUUGGAAAUGCCGGGAAUGCAAAGGUGUGGAAAUGGGAAUCAAAGGAAUAA